CACCAGCUUUGGAUUUUAACCACCAACAGCACCAGCCGGAUCGGCCAUGGAUCUCUUUGAAUUCGACUUUUUCAGAGACUGGGAGCUUGAACAACCAUGUCAUCUGGAGUCGGAUCGCAGCGCCUUGAAGAGGAGAGAGUGGGAGAGGAGGAACCAGGAGGUCCAACAGGAUGAAGACCUCUUCUCAACUGGAUUCAACCUGUUUGGAGAACCUUAUAAAACUAAUAAAGGUGAUGCAUUGGCCAAUCGCGUCCAGAACACACUGGGCUCCUACGAAGAGAUGAAAGACCUUUUAACCAGCCAUUCAAACCAGAGCCACUUAGUAGGAAUCCCCAAAAGCAGCAGUGCCAACAACAACCUGCAGACCCCAACCACUUCAGCUACAGAGAGAUCGGCCAUGGAGUCCCAGCUUUUCAACGAAACCCUUAGAGGAGGAACGGGAGGUGGAGGAGGAGGAGUAGCAGAGGGAGGUGGGGAGAAGAGGAUGGGAAGUGCGCCUUCCUCGUCUUCAACUUCCAUGCAACCUCCCGCUUCAACAGCAUCCUCAUCAAGCUCCCAAUCGAUCCCACAUCAGAAUUCCAAAAAGUCCCGGAGCUCCAUGGAUUGGUCAAGGGGAGGCCAUGGACAGAGUACCCAGGGAACAGGCCUUGUUCUGGGGUUAGGACAAGGGCAGGGGCAGGCCACAGGAACUACAAGUGGAAGAGGGAAACUGUCUUUAUUAGAGGAACAGCAAAUGCAAAGGCAUGACGAGCUGUUUAGUUCCCUGAAAGAUGAACUAGGUCUAAAAGGAGACUCAAGCCCUUCUUCUUCCUCUUCCUCUUCUUCUUCUUCCUCUUCUUCUGGGAGGAGGCAUUCUUCCCAUCCCUCCAAAACCGUUCCUGUUCCAGAUGGUGGCAAUUUUAGAUCUUCUACCAUAGACGGUGGCCAUUUUAAGUCUUCCACUAACACAGAAAAUGGUGGACAUUUUAAAUCCUCCCCAUUUGAAAAUGAAAGUUCUUACCUCUCUACAUCCUCCUCGCCGCUGGCUUCCACGUCGGUCUUGACAACACCUACUCCUGGUCUAACCACUCCCACUUCAGGAUUGACCACGCCCACAUUCCCACCUGGUAGCCUAUCAGGGAAGCCAGUCGCAGUGCAGCAGAAGCCCACGGCGUAUGUUCGACCAAUGGACGGCCAGGACCAGGCGCCCAGUGACUCUCCACAGCUGAAACCCCUGCUGGUGGCCACAGAGGGAUUCAACAAUAGUCAGACUUAUGGAGGAAACUCUGGGAACGUGAAGAAUAAACUGCCAAAACUCAGUCUAAGCCACACAGGAGAGGUCAGCCUACCAAACGACUCCAGCUGUGUUGAAGAGAUUCUGCGGGAGAUGACCCAUUCCUGGCCCCCUCCUCUCACAGCCAUACACACUCCUGGAAAGGCUGAUCAGACCAAGUUCCCCAUCCCAAGCAAGGAGUCACAGCAUGUGACCUCGGGCUACAACACCCAGAAGCGAUGUACUGUGUCAGCUAACAAGCCUGCUGCUAAACCACCGACUGCACCGCAGAAGUCGAUGUUGGAGGAUGACCUGAAGAUCAGCAGCGAUGAGGAAGAGGCCGAACAACAGGUAUCUGACAAGCCCAAAGCCAGAGGCGCAGCUUUAAGCGGGGCAUCAGGGAGCAGCAGUGAAUCAGAGAGCAGCUCAGAGUCAGACACAGACGAAUCAGAGAGCAGCUCCAGUGACAGCGAGUAUAACCGGGCCUCCCGCACCAACACUCCAGAGCCUGAGCCACCCUCCACCAACAAGUGGCAGCUGGACAGCUGGUUGAACAAAGUCCAAGCUCAAACCAAACCCCUGGUGCCCCCACAGCAAGAACAUCAUGGCACAGGUUCCAUCACCCAGGGUCGACAGACUUUCUCUCCAGGGAGUGAAGCACCGGGAGCAGGUGCAGCCGCCAAGACCAAGCCCUGCGUAUCUAACAGCACCCCGGCUCCAGCUGCACCAGCAGUGGAACACAAAGAGAACAGGGGAGCCUUCUGCCCGGGCAGAGAGAAGGCCAAGGCCAAGAUCAGCCAAAAGGCCUCAGGGGAAGGUCAGAGGUCGAAGAUGAGGCUGUCGCCGGGCCUGUUGUCAGGGCCAGAGGUCACGACCCCGAGGAGGAACACCACAGGGAAGAAACAGCCCCGACGGACGGAGAGGUCAAAUAGCGCGGAGGAUAAUCAGAGCCAGACGUGGAGCAGAGCAAACCAGCAAAGCCCCGCAGGGAGGGAAAAGGACCUGUUGCCUCCCCCCUCCCUGGAGCAUCAGAACCCCCCCAGGCCACGAAGCAAACCGCCCAGUGGGAAAACAGCCCCCAGGAAAGAACCUCGCAGCGCUACCAACUCAAACAACAACACAGUGGUACCACCGGUGGUGCUACAGCAAACCCCCGUGCCAAUACCUGCCGUCAGUGUAAACCAGGAUAAGAGGAAGCAUCGUGGUCCCAACAGCAAAAUCACACCCAAAUCCCGAGAAUUCAUCGAAACAGAUUCCUCCUCCUCCUCUUCGGAAUGCCACUCGGAUUCAGAGGAAGCCAUCAAAAUCCCCGCUCUGCCACCUCAGACGACACGCUCUGCAAUUAACACACAGACUCUGUCCAACGCUCAUGUACAUGCCCCUCUCCUCCCGCCAUGCCUGAGCUCAGCUGGCAGUCUGGGAAAUCUGGCAACAUUUGGAGGGAAAGGGCUACGUGUUAAAGAUGGUAGCAGUGUUGCCGCUAAUGGCAGUGGCAGUAGUAAUAGUAGCAUCAGCAGCAACACUAAUGGCAACAGUAGUAGCUGUAACUCCCUAAGCAUUAGCAACAUAACUGCUUCAUUUGGUACUUCUGUCCCCGAUCCUGGAGGGUUAGGAGGUCAGUGUAAGGACCUGGAGUCCAUGUCACCACCGUCCAACAUGGGGCAUGAUGUGCCUCUUUCCCCAUUGAGGGAGUACCAAGAAAUCCAGAGCCUGUGGGUGAAAAUUGAUCUGAGUUUGCUCAGCAGGGUUCCUGGGCAAGUUUUGGGGGAGAGAUCCAGAGUGGGAAUGGUAGAAAGGGACGGGAGCGAAGGCAGAGAGAGAGAGAGACAGGCAGAAAGGGAGAGGGAAAGGGUAGGGAUGGCAGAGAGAGAAAGACAGAAGCAGGAAGACAGAGAGUGGCCUGGUCUGAGAGAAAGACAGAAGUUACCAAAAGGGGAAAGACAGGAUGAAGAAAAUGAGCGAUUAGCGCAGGACCGAGAGAGGCAGGGUGACAGAGACAGAUUAGCAGAGAGAGAGAAGCAGGCGGCGGAUAGAGAGGACAGAGAGAGGUUCGGGCUCGGGGAGAGAGAGAGGACGACGGAGAGGAGAGAGAAGGUGUGCCAAGGUCUGGGGGUCCUGGACAACAACACCCCUGUGCAAGAACAGAGUAAUCCAAGGCUGCCCGGAAGGACGGAGAGAGGAGAAAGCGGAGGCAAACACAGGAGGCAAGCAGCUGGCAGCAUGGUGGUCCCAACUGAGAAACACACCAGCAAGAGCAAGAGGAAACACAAGUCGGACCACAGCGAGCCAUCGGUCAACGGCAACAAGAAGCUGCGAUUGGACAAAGACUGUCAGCUCCUCCCACCCUGCAUCUCUCCAAUACACAACCACAAGAACAGCUCCACAGACAGCUCUCUGAACAGGAAGCAGUCGCGACGGCGUGAUGACAAGCUGCUCCCUCCUCUCCUGUCCCCACUCUCUGACGACCCCCCUCGGAAGAGGACCUGCGACAGCAGUUCCUCUCUAAACCAGGAGGGUGGCGCCGCUGGGUUGUUACCCUGCUCCACCUCUUCCACUUCCACCUCCUCCUCCUCCUCUUCCUCACAUAGACACAGGAAAGGUGAAAGCAAGGCAUCAUUGCACGCAAGAAAUGGCAGCGAAAUGGAUCUUCACGGUGAGAAGCCUUGUGGGGACAGUUACCAUGCCAACGGACAGUCAGACUCAGAGGUGUGGCCAGAACCGCUCAUGGAACCUUCAGAACCUCGCAGGCCGCGACUGUCAUUCAGCGACACAGUCCACAGUGCAGACUACUACAUGCAGGAGGCUAAGAGACUGAAGCACAAAGCUGACGCACUGAUGGAUAAAUUUGGUAAAGCAGUGAACUACGCAGACGGCGCCCUCUCCUUCAUAGAGUGUGGAAAUGCUAUGGAGCGAGAUCCACUAGAGGCCAAAUCACCAUAUACAAUGUACUCUGAAACUGUCGAGCUAAUCAGGUAUGCCAUGAGGUUGAAGAACUUCACCAGCCAUUCAGCCACCGUCGCUGAGAAGAAACUAGCCGUUCUAUGUAACCGCUGUCUGUCUCUGCUGUAUCUGAGGAUGUUCCAUCUGAAGAAAGACCACGCUGUCAAGUACUCGCGGUCGCUCAUGGAGUACUUCAAGAAUUCAGCCAAGAGUUCCCACCAAGCACCUUCUCCCUGGAGGACCAAUGGGAAGGUCAACGGGACUCCGUCUCCCCUCUCGCUCAGCCCCUCCCCAGCAAGCAGCGGAGGAGCCGGAGGAGGAGGAUCCGGAGGUGCCCCGGGCUCGUCGGGCAGUGUGGCAAUUCCCCAGCGGAUUCACCACAUGGCUGCCAGUCACGUUAACAUCACCAACAAUAUCCUGCGGAGCUAUGAGCACUGGGAGACGGCCGACAGACUGGCCACUGAUAGCCAAGAGUUCUUCCAGGAGCUGGACUCGGUGAUGGAGCCGUUGAGUCAGCAGAGCAGCAUGACCGAGCUGGUCCGAUACAUCAGGCAGGGACUGCACUGGCUCCGCAUAGAGGCUCACCUGCUGUAGGGACUGGACCAGAGCCAAACUUAAAAAAAUGUAAAAAAAAGAAAGAAAGAAAUGGGAGCCUGGGAGCUAGAACUGGGAUAACAAGAUAACAAGUGAGAUGAGACUCAGGACAAUGCUUCAGUUCCCACUGGGAUCCUUCAAAUGACCCGACACCACCCACGGUAAAAUAGUGGCACAGGCUGGGUGGAUUAAUUAGGCUGAAAUUCAUCUGCAAUUAGGAAUGAACAGUAACUAAAUUUGGGAAUUUCAACAGUGAUUCACAGAGUACAAAUUAGCAUACUAUAAAUUUGGCUGAUGCUGCUGUUUGGAGAGACUAAAAUCAGUACAGGUAGCUUAAAUUCCUAAAAGAACAAUAGAUAGCUGCAAA